CUAGCAACAGAUGACAACCCCUCUUAUGCUGAAAGGCGGUUGGGCUAGUAUUACCACAGUAGGUUGAUUUAUUUAGAAAGCCCUGGCAGAGCUGGAGGGUUCUAUUUUCUCACGUUCUACCUGCAGAUGUUCUUCAUUUACAGCAAAGGGAACCAAGAGCAUUUAUUUAAUAAAAUCAACAUUAUUACUAUUAUUUUAAAUAUAUUUUGAAAAUGAAGAAUCUAUUCAUUUUCCUCAUGAUUUUGCCCUACCGCGGUUCACCUGGAGUUGCAGAUGAAAAAUCAGUGUCAGUGAAUGAGGGAGAUUCAGUCACUCUGCACACUGAGGUUAAAACAAACCAACAAGAAGUGAUUGUAUGGUUUUUUAAUAACACUCGCAUCGCUCAAAUCAGUGGAGAUCAGAGUAAGAUCUGUACAGAUGUUCAGUGUAAAGAGAGAUUCAGAGACAGACUGAAGCUGGAUCAUCAGACUGGAUCUCUGACCAUCAUGAACACCAGAAACACAGACUCUGGAGGUUAUAGACUAGUCAUAAUCAGCAGCAACAGCAGCAGUGAAAAGACCUUCAGAGUUGCUGUUAAUGAUGUUCCUGCUGCUCGACAAGAUGAAAUGAAGACCAAGUCUGUAGUGGAGGGGGAAUCUGUCACUUUACAUCCUGGUGUAACAAAAACCCCAAAUGUUGUGAUGACGUGGUAUUGUAAUGAGACUCUCAUCGCCGAAAUCACUGGAGAUCAGAGUAAGAUCUGUUCAGAUCUUCAGUGUAAAGAGAGAUUCAGAGACAGACUGAAGCUGGAUCAUCAGACUGGAUCUCUGACCAUCAUGAACAUCAACACCACAGACUCUGGAGAUUAUAAACUACAGAUCAGGAGCAGUAGCAGUCUUGUUGUGGUCACCAGUUUAAAGAGCUUCAGCGUUUCUGUCACCGUUGCAGGUCUGUCUGCAGGUGAAAAAGCAGGAAUUUGUGCUGCUGUCCUGCUGAUUAUAGCUGCAUCUAUUUGUGGGUUUUAUUUUUACAAGCGUCGAGUAAAUAAAAAAGACACCGGGACGCAGCACAAUGAUCAGGUAAGAUACUAUGAGCACUGAAUCAGUUUACCUGCAAUAAAUCAGAAUUAAUGUCUGCAAGUUGGCACUGUUGGACAGCACUGUUCUUACAGUUUACUUCAUAAUAAACAAUGGCGUGGAUACAUUUUCAUUAUUAUGUUACUAUAUAAUUCCAAUAGUUGAUUUAAUAAGAUUAUUAUGAUAAUAGUUAAAAUAGUUGUAUUGUUUAAGUGCACUUUUAGCCACAACUGUAUCUUACUGUAGUAUAGAAGAUGACAGUGUAAUGCAGUUGAUCAUAUUCAUUAAUAUUUAACAAAAGAACACCAUAUAUUCUGCAAACAAAAAAAGAAAUACACUUACAGUUCCUAGUCUAUUUUUUGGUGUAAGUGAAUCAUUAGUUCUGUUUAUGUCUUUACCUUCUGUGAAUCUGUUUUCUUACAGGCGAAUGAUGUUCAUGGUGGUCAGAGUGGGACUCCACUGAUGGAUGUGACUCAUGAGAGGUCCUCUAAUCACACUAAUGCUCCAGUGGAGAACACUACCAAUGACUAGUCGUCUAAUAACACUGAUGCUGUAGUGAAGAACACCACCAAUAACUCGUCCUCUUAACACACUGAUGCUCUAGUGAGGAACACCACCAAUGACUCAUCCUCUAAUCACACUGAGAUUGAGCCUGUGGCUGCCAGUGAGACUUAACAUUACUAAUUAUUUUGAUCAUGGUGGGUGGGACCCCCAGUUGCUCCUAUAUCCAGCUGCCCACUGCUCUGGGUGUGUGUUCACGGUGUGUUCACUACUCACUGCUGUGUGAGUGCACUUGGAUGGGUUAAAUGCAGAGCACCA